CCUUCGCUCCUAGAACUGGUUCCUCUCCCCAGAACCUUCCCCAACCCUAAAAUCUUGCGCGCCCGCCCGCCCAUGAAUUGGGAAUUCCCUGCCCGAGGUCGGGGUCUGCGCCGGGCCUGCGCGCGCACCCCCUACAGAAACCCGUCUGCGGGUAGGCGGCCGAGAUGGCCCUGAAGGUGGCUCGCUGCCCCAGGCCCCGCCGCGGGGCCGGGACACCACUGUUUGUUUUCCGGGCGCCCGGGAUACGGGGUGGGCCCCGCCCCCAGGGCUGCUCCGCCGCGGAGCCGGGUCGCGGGUUCCCCGCGAAUUCGAGGUGGAGGGGCCGCGGCCGCCACCAUCUGUCCACAGGUGCUGCCGGCUGUACGCGCCCCCGCUCGCGUCAUGGCCUCGGACUACUGGGUGGGCCCUUGGCGGCCACACCGGCCCCGGGGCCCCAUCGCGGCGCUCUAUAGAGGACCCGGGCCCAAAUACCAGCUGCCGCCGAACACCGGCUACAUCCGGCACGACCCCUCGCGGCCCCGCGCCCCCGCCUACACCUUCGGUGCGCGCUUCCCCACGCAGCAGUCAACCUGCGGCCCCGGGCCCAGCCACCUGGUGCCCUCCCGCAUGACCGUGCGCGGCCCGGACAGCGCCCCCGCCUACUCCAUCUGUGGCCGCCUGCGGCACUCUGCGCCCUUCCGCACUCCCGGACCGGGGAGGUAUUUCCCAGAACGAGCCGGGAAUGCGACGUACCCCAGUGCGCCUCGACAUACCAUUGCUUCCCGAAACUGGGGUGUCCACGCGGAGCCGCAGGGUCCAGGUCCCGGCGCCUACACGGUGCCCUCGCUCUUGGGCCCGCGCGUCAUCGGCAAAGUCUCGGCCCCAACUUACUCCAUCUACGGCCGCACCAGAGUGGGCAGCUGCUUUGAAGACCUCAGCAAGGUGCGAGGAGGGCCGCCGGCCCAGCGCAGCGAGAGGUCAAGAGGGUCAGAGGUGCGCGGGGAACCCAGGCCAGACCCAGCACUCACUUUGCCUCCCACAGACGCCGGGCCCCUGCGCCUACCACGUGGUGAACCCCGGGGUCUACAAGACCCGGGCCCCCCAGUUCACGAUGCUGGCGCGGACUUCGUUCCCCCAAGACAGCACCCUGAAGCCCGGACCCGCAGCCUACAACGUGGACCAGGUGGUCUGGAGUUCAGGGUCAAGGGUCAGAGGCAAGGGAUGAGGAUCCCCAGUCGAGGGUAUGGGUCGGGGUUCAGAGAGAACAAGGCUCCCCGCGCGAAGCCGUACGCCCCCGGCUCCGCGAGGUCAGCGACGUCUUCUGGCCCGCAGCACCGGAAGCCUCGCGGCUGGACCUUCGGGAUCCGGCAUUCGGACUACCUGGCCCCAAUGGUGACCAACGUGGACGACUGACCUGCGGGCGGGGUGGGGGCACAGGCCCACCGCAGUGCGCUUAAAGCUUCCGGAAUCA